AUAUAAUUAGCCUUUUAAAUGGAAGAUCUGAAUACUCUAAAUUCUUUUAAAUCUCCCGAUAUAUUGCAAGCAGCAUUAAAAGAUCACACUUUCCUUCCUAACCUGAAUUUGUCAAACCAGUUGUUCACAAUCAAGAGUUGUUCGAAUGAAUUAUUAGUGAUUACACAAGGAAACAAGAACGAUAAGAACUCCAAAGCAGGACUUUUCAUGACUAUUAUCGACUUGGACGUGGUUCAGGAGGGCUCACAAGAAGAAGAGAAGAAAGGAGAGUGCUACAAAACUAUUGAAAUACAAUAUUUGGAUAAUGUGCAAGCUGGAGUUGGAGAUUUAGAUUAUGAAUCAAGUGAUAAAGGAUUCUUACUUAAAGAUAAAUAUAUCCCACACAAAGUAAUACUGAACCAGAGGGAGAAUAUCUUGACGAUAAUUAGCAGCCAUUGGGUUGGAGUUAUAGCUAUCCCCAAUGAUAUUUCUCUUAUUGAAGAAGAAUUCAUUCCAGAAUUACAGUUGAUUGGUUGUAAGAACAAUCCCAGAAAUAUUGAUACUACUGAAUAUUUCCUGGAUGUGAAAUUUCAUCCGCUAACUCCUUAUACAUUGUGUAUUCUGAAUGAUAGGAACAAUUUUAAGAUGUAUGAUCUAAACUAUUCCCUUGAUAAUGCUUUUACUGAUCGAACACUCUCUCCAGCUCCUUCUGAUAGUGGCCUAGGAGAAGGAAGAAAGAAUUGGGGUCUUCCAUCUCUCAAAAAUAGCAAGAUUACAGGUUUUGAUUUUGGAUCAAAAUCAGUCCUUGGCUGGCAGAUUUUGACUUGAUAUUUCAUUACUGCAUCAGGAGAAGUAUACUACCUCACUCCUUUGUUGCCAUUAAAAUUUGGAAUUGAGAAGGUAUUUUUCGAUAAGCUUUUGGAAAAAGGUGUCAAGAGUAAUACUGCUUUUGAGUUAAUAAAUCAUUUGAAUUCUGUAAAACAGCCAAUUUUUAAUGAUGACUCCACUAUUAUCGUUGAUCUUAGUGAAGAGGAAGUGACUAAUUUUGCUCCUGAGCUCCAAGGACCAGUGAAUAAUCCUUUAUUGAACAGUAAUUCAAAAAGCGGGUUUCAAGGUAUCUUAGCCCUUGAUACUUACCCUCAAGUUUUUAUUUCUUAUAACCUGAAAAGCCAGGCAUUUAUUCAAGUGAGUUUUGAAGAGCCAUCUCCUCUAUUUGAGAAUGAAAAAGAGCAUUCUUUAGUAAAUUGGGUUAUUAAAGAAGGAAUUAAUCUUUCUAUGAACAGUGAGAAAAUUUCAGACUGAGCCCAGCAAUUUCAGAAAGAUUCAACAAAUCCCUUUGUGGUAUACCAUCUUAGAGGGAAAUACUUUACUAAAAUCUGCUUUCCUUGGCUCUCAGAUAUUUACCGUCAGCUGAAAAGCUCUAAUUUUGAGUCAAAUGUAUUCGAAUACAAUCCUCAGAGGUUGACUGAAGCAAAGGUGAUAUAUGAGUUUACUUCUGACCACACUGGAUGUGUGGGGAUUCAGUCUAUUCGAAACUCCUUGCUAAUUCUCAGAAGUUUGACAUCUGAAGAGCAGAAAGGAGAGGUUGAUUUAAAAAUAUUCAAUUUUAAUGAUAGUGAUUACCAUGAAAUUCAAGAGAAAGUUGAUGAAAUUCUCAAGAGAAAGCCCAAUCUUGAUGAGAUUAUUAAGGAAUCUAUAUCCCAAGUUAAUCCUCCAAGAUAUGACUCAUUCAAACUUCCUCAUUUUGAACCAGUGAAGCUGAAAGGGGAGAAAAAGAAACUUGAGAAGAAAGAGUUUUUGAAGAUAUUCUCAGAAGAAGCUAAAGAAUUUACAGAGGAUGUAGUCACAGAAGUUCAGAUAUUCUCAAAGGAUAUGGAAUCUAGGAAAACCCAUGUUGAUGAGUUAAAGAAACUGAAUAAAUCAAAGCAGACUUCAGUUGAAAGCAAGCUGGAUUUAAUUGAGCAGAAACAGAAGGAGAUGAUGUCUCAAAAUACUAAAGUUUUGCAGAAUAACUCUUCAAUCAAUACUUUGAUAGAAAGAAUCACAGAAAAGCUUAAGAAUAAAGUAAACGCCCCUUUGAGCGAAAAAGAAGAGCAGAUUCUUCUUAAGAUCGAAGAGCUAAAUGAUAGAGUAACUCAAGUCAAGAAGACCAUCGAGAGCCAAACAGAUGAAUAUAAACUUGAGAGAAAAAUGGAGGAAGAGCAUAUGAAGAACUACGAUGUAAAAUUCUCAAAAGAUGAAAUCAAGCACCAAAUCAGCCCACAGGUCCAAAAGCUGCUGAACAUCAAGGAAGACUUGAAAAGAUAUAAAGAAAUUUUGAAUUAAA